AUGAAGUCGUGGAUUUGUCUCGCUCUCAUCCUCCUCCCUUUGUUCUCGGUCGUGGAAGGCCACCAAUUCGGUAGCCCAAGACUGAUGAAGAUUGAUGAGGAAACCAUUGUGAUGGCCAAAUUUGCAAUCGCGGAGCAUAACAGGCAGGCGAAGAAGAAUCUUGUGUACGUGAAUGUCGUCCAGGAAACCAUGCAAAUUGUCGCAGGCGUAUUGUACCGUCUUAUCAUUGCGGCGAAAAAUGGCAGAGGUGCGGUCAUAAAUCACGAGGCCUUUGUGUGGGAUAAGCUGGACAGCUCCAGAACCCUUGUGUCCUUCAGAGAGUGUAUGCCUGCGGCUUAUGUAAAACGAUUUACAACGGAUGUAUGUACGCCAGUAGGGAAUUGACGAGUUAAGAUUUUCAUAUAACAUUGUUGUUGGUGUAAUGUUUUAUGAAAGACGAAUAAUGAG